AUGGAGUUCUCUUUUCCGGGGUUCUCCUUGCUUUUCCUGGAAUUGGACUUCACGUAGCUCGAGGUUUUCUCUCUCUCUUUCUCUUUCUCUUUCUCUUUCUCUUUCUCUUUCCCUCGUUUUCUCAUUUUCUCUCUCCCCACGUUGCUGUGGGUCUAAAAUUCUUUGAGAUUCCUAUCUUUUUCACAUUUGUCUCUUUCUUGCAACGCGUCGUGGGGUUUUAUAGAGUGGAAAGGAGAGUUCCAUCGUGGAGGCGCACUUCCGAAUCGUAACUCCAAGGGGUCGCCUCACGCAUUGCCAUUGUUUGAGAGAGGUAUGGGAAGUGGGUUUUGAUGUGUGUUUUGAGCGUUUUUGGGAAUUUUGGGACUGUGGGGUUCGAAAAGGUGGCGUCUUUACUUUGGGUUUUUGCAGAACACAGGGUUGAAAAAUAGGGUUUGGGGGAAAGGUGUGAGUGAGCUUCUGAUAGUUAUUAGGGUUUGGUGAUGUUGGAGAGCAAGUGGGGUUUUGGUUUCUUGCUGAGCUUCUAGGCUUUUAGUCGUUGGAUUCUUGUGGAAUCGGGUAAAUGCUGGUUGGAGAGAAAAUUUUCCGAGUAUUUUUUUGUGCUUUUUUUUGUGGGAGGUGAGAAAAAAAAAAGGAAUGUUUUUGUUGGAUUUAUCAACUAAAGUUCUCAGCUUUUCUUGAUUAGGGGUUUCAGACUGAAGAGAAGGGACUGAUUUUUACUGCAUUGUUUGGAUCUGAUGAGUAGAUAUGUCUGAAUGGUUUGCCAUUAGUGUUCAUUCUGAUUCUUGAGAAGCUCUGGAGCUUUUCUAAAGAGUAUCAUGGGUUCUUCUGGAUCAAAACCAGAGAAGAAUGAACCUUUAGUUCUUUGCAAAGAGCGCACAAGAUACAUCAAGCUAGCAGUUGAUGCGAGGUAUGCAUUAUCUGCUGCUCAUUUGGCAUACAUUCAAUCUCUUCGCAAUGUAGGAAGUGCUCUAAGACGAUUUGCAGAGGCAGAGAUCUUGAUAGAGUCCUCAUUGUCAACCUCUGAACCAGACAAGAGUCCUUCUCAUUCAUCUUAUGCAUCACCAUCUCCAUCCCGCAUUCCUGAGCAUGUUGGUUCACCAUUAUCACCACGGUUGUCCAAUUUGAGUUAUGUUAGAGCUACAAGGAGUAAUGCAGUGACGGUGACUAUUAAUCCAACCUUUGAUAAGUUUGCUGGAGAUGAACACAUGGACUUCCCCAUGCCACCUCCUCCUCCGCCACCUCCGGGAUCCUCUUGGGACUACUUUGAUCCUACUGAUGUUAUAGAGAAUGUUGGUUUGGUUAAUGGUGAAAGUAGUCCAAACUUGAACUUUAGUAGGUGGACAGGUUUGAGAGAGUUCAAGGAAGAGGUAAUGGCUCCUUUGUUUGAGGAUGAGGUGAAAUCUUCUCAAAGAGAUGUAGAUAAGUUUGCCUCCUCAGUGUUGAACGAUGAUUUUGGUGGUAGAAAUGCAUUGGCUAAUUCACGUUCUAUCAAUGGCGGGGAGCGAGUGCAGAAGUUAGAACGUGGUAAUUCUAAUGGAUCUUCUGAAGUAUUGACUAGAAUUGCUUCUUCAGAGAUAAAAGGUGCGAAGGCUGAUUUGGAGAAGGAAAUUUGCACAGAAAUGGAGGACCCUUCGGAGUUUAUUACUCACAGGGCUAAAGAUUUCCUGUCAAGUAUAAAGGACAUUGAGCAUCGGUUUCUACGGGCAGCUGAAGCUGGAAAUGAGGUCUCAAGGAUGCUUGAGACCAGCAAGAUUCAGCUUGGUGUUUUAUCCUGUACUACAGGAAAAUCUUCUGUUUCACUGUUUCUCUCAGUUCUCCAUCCUGGCUGUUGCAGAACAGAUGAUGACUCAGAGCAUGAAUCUGCUCAGCAUGUAACAAAGAUUAUGACAUGGAACCGCUCAAUCUCAUCAAGGUCAUCGUCAUCCAAAAAUCCCCUGACCGCAGCAUCAAAAGAUGACCAUAGUGAAAAAGGUAGUGAUUUUAUUGAAGAAUUUUCCAUGAUAUCGGGAAGUCAUUCUUCAACAUUGGAUAGAUUGUAUGCCUGGGAGAGAAAGCUUUGGGAUGAAGUGAAGGCUAGCGAGACCAUCAGGAAGGCUUAUGACCAGAAAUGCAUUCAGCUCAGACACCAAUGUGCAAAAGAUAUGAAUGCCCAAGCAAUUGACAAAACCAGAGCAAUCGUCAAAGAUCUACAUUCCCGACUAAGAGUAGCCCUUCAUGCAGUUGACUCAAUAUCUAAGAGAAUUGAGAAGUUGAGGGAUGAAGAGCUGCAACCACAACUAUUCGAACUCAUCCAAGGGUUUAUCCGCAUGUGGAGAUCAAUGCUUGAAUGUCAUCACUCACAAUACAUCACAAUCUCACUAGCCUAUCAUGCCAAGAGCUCAGCAAUAGGACCACAAAGUGAACCCCACAGGCAAGCACUGACAAACCUUCGCGGCGAAAUAGAUUGCUUUGGCUCUAGUUUUGCAAAUUGGGUCUCAGCUCAUAAAUCCUAUGUUGAGGCACUCAACUCCUGGCUUCAGAAAUGUAUUCUACAACCACAAGAACGGCGCAGGGGAAGGAAAGUGCCAUUCUCCCCUUAUCAAUUUCUUGCACCACCAAUAUUUGUUCUGUGUCAUGAUUGGUUAAGCGGAAUCAAUUUUCUUCCUUCCGAUGAGCUUUGCAGCUCUAUCGAGGACUUGAGAUGGGAAUUGCAUGCACAUGCUUGUUAUGAGCAUAAAACAGAAGAGAAACCAGUUGAUACAAUACCUGAAGAGGUGCAAAAUGCAGUGGAAUUAGCAGAAAAGAAAGACGGCAAAGAAGAGGAGAAGAAACAGGGGAAGAGUUCUAACUUGGGUGCAAUGCAGACAAGCUUGACGAGGAUGUUUGAUCGGCUGACAAAGUUUGCUGAGGCCUCACUGAAGGUGUAUGAUGAGGUGAAGAAGGGAACAGAGAGUGCCCGAAUCGCAUACAGUAAUGGAAGAAUCAGGUGAAGGAAUGAUUAUAUAUAUAUUUAUAUAAAUGAGAUGGGUUUUGAUUGUUGAGAGACCAACCUUUUGUAGUAGUGGCUUUGUAAAUUCUCAUCAAUGAGUGAAUUCCUUUCAGAUUGUUCUUUUCAGAUAUUAAAAUAUAUAAAUACAUGUAAGAUUUCUUUCUUGGCAAAUAGUGUUUAUUAUCUGAAUGCCAGGUUUUUCUACCAACAAAACAUCAGAAGGAUUUUUACAAACUGUUAUCAUGUUGAAGAUUGUUGAAUUGUAUGUCUUGCCUUACACAAGGCAUUA